GGGUCUUAAGAAGUCAGUUUACUGACAGCUUGACCGUGAACAGCACACAACUGCAAACAGCUCAAAUACUGCUUUCUUAAACUGUGUUUAGUAUUUUCACUUAACCUAAUUUCCAUGUAAGUUAUAAAGUUUUUGUUCAAACUGUUUCAACUUUAUGCCCAUUAUGAAAAUGGUCGUCUCCAGUGCUGUUGACUUGUAUUUCGUUAAAAUAUUCAAUCCAGUCUAGUCGUUAUAAACAAUUCUAAAUUGCAAAACCUAAUAUUCCAAACAAAUGAUGGGCUACUUUCCCCCCCAAAAAGAAUAGCAAAACAGUCUUCAUCAUAACUUGAUACAACGCUGGUGCUCUUUUUGUGCCCCAAAAUACCACAGAGAUCUAUAUUUACAUACCACAUCGCAUGAUAUUCGGCAAUUACAGUAUUUGCCAACUCAUGCAUCUCAUUGUUGUGGGUUAAGAUUUUUCCGACAGUUCUGGAAUACAGCACGAAAACUGUUUGAAAAGAAGCACUACGACGCGUCGCUAUGGAGACAGAGAUGCCGGAAGUGUCGAUGGUGAGAACAGCUGAGGAAGAUUGAGAAGUAAUCACAUACAGAGCUUAGGAGGGGAACAGGUGCAUCUACAAGACCUGUCUGCCCUCACCAACCACCAAUGUCUUGCUCAGCCACUCUGCCCCUCAGUGCCCGGGCCACAGCCCCAGAGGCUCUGUGCCUUCUGCACCAGCGCCUGCUGCUGGCUGAGGAGGAGGCUGAAGGUCUCAUUCGAGAUAUGGGUGCACUGGGAGUGUCCAGGGAUCAAAUUCUGGGAUCUGGAAAGACGAUGGACACCACUCAAAGUCCCCUGACGAUGCAGUGGUUCCAGGGGGAUGAGAACACGCUGUGGCAACAGUGGGACUCUGUAGGGAACCGUGUGUGUCGCAUGGAAAGUCUGCUACAGACCCUCAAACUGACCAUCUUCUGUCUGGAGACUGAGAGAGAACUCGAUCCCUCUCAUACAGCUCGUCUGAAGCAGCAGCUGGCAGAGCUGCAGCAGGAGAGUGAGGAGGAGCAGCAGGCCUGCAGGAGGGAGGUGAUGAAGCUCAGGGACCAACUUCAGCAGGCUUACCAGGAGAGAGAUGAAGCUCACACAGAGGUACAGAGGCUGAGGGAGACAGUGGAGGCAGCCACUGCUGCAAAGAUGGAUGUGGCUUUGGCUGCUGAGGAGCUGAAGAUUGUGAAAUCAGAGAUGAGUCAGAAAAUUAUGGAGAUGAGAGAACAGAUGAGGCAGGAGUCCACCUGCUCUGCUGAAGCCAUGAAAUCUCACAGCAAGCUCCUCCAGUGCGUUGAGGAGAUGGAGAGGGUGGUGAAGAUGGAGAGACGACAGCGUCUGCAGCUGCAGUCGGAGUGCCAGGUUUUGUGUGUUGAGGCACAGACCAGUCGGCAGCAGCUAGAGGAAGAAAAAGACAGAGGCAGACACCUGGAGGAGUACUGUCGGCAGCUCAAAGAGCAGACAGCGGUAAAGGACUCCCUUGUGUUUGAGUUAAAAACUGAACUGAAAAGACAGCAGACAGAGAACAACAAACUGCAGAAAGAGGGCAGGGAGAUGAGAGCUGCUGCUGACAUACUGCAGGCAGAGAAGAGUCGUGUGGUCAAACAACUGCAAGAGCAAGACCGGCUUCUGAAGGCAGCCAGAUGCAACAUUCAGACUGAGCUGAAGGUGGCACUAACAGACAAAGUUAACCUGCAGAGGGAGCUAGAGAAGCUUAAAGAAGAACAUGCUCAUCUCUAUCAGAGCUCCUCCAUUGCACAAGAAAUGGCUGGUACUCAGAAAGAGAUACUUGAGCGAACCAUUGAGAGGCAGCAGAGGGAGCUGAGCACAGCCCAUAAAGAGGAGGAGGCAAUAAGGAAAGACCUUGAGAAUUCAAAACAAAUGUUAUGUAGUGUUGUUACUAAGUUGGAGGGUGAGAAGAGCAGUCUGGAGACCCAUCUUAGCGAGGCCAAGCAGGAAGUAGGAUCUCUGAGCUCAGCCUUGCAGAGUCAACAAGAUGAGAACAGGAGGCUCAUGAGAAAGGUGACUGCUUUAGAGCAGCAAAUGCAGGCGGACCAGAUGCUGAAGGACCUAACUGAGAGAGACAAGACAGCUUAUGGGAUAGGAAAGCUCAAGAUGAGUGAGCUGGAGGCCUUGCAGCAUGUCUGCGGUCCUGCAAGGGAUGUUGUCAGUCAAACACUUGAAAGCAUCCUGGCCUCCCACACCAGACUCCAAGUCAACAGCCAGACCCUGCAUCAGGAGCUGGGGGGGCGAGAGCAGGAGCUGACCACACUCAAGAAGGACAGGCUGCAGGCUCAGACAGAAAUUAGGAAUCACCAAGUAGAGGUGGAGAAACUCCAGCAACUCCUGACAUCUACUCACUCCAAGAAUAACAGAGCUCUGGAGUCCUUGCAGAAGGCUUUGGAUACAGUCAAAGUUGACAACAAAAGACUGGCUCAGAGUCUGAAGCAGGCUGUGUUGACCAACAGCAGUUUACACAGGAAACUGGAACAGAGCAGAAACCAGUACCAGGCCAUCAUCUCACUGAGAGACGUGGAGCUAUAUGAGGCUCAGACAAAGAUAAAUCAUUUGUCUGAAGAGCUGAGUGCUGUAAAGCAACAACGUAGGGAAGACUAUGAAUCUUCCAUGAAGAUGUUGCAUCGAGAAAUCUCAGAGCUAAAAAUGACAGUUAAAGAUUCAUCAACCAGGUCAGGUGACCUAUCCAAGGCCAAUCAGGGACUGCGUCGACGAGUAUCUGAACUGGAGAGGCUGGUUUCCAAACAGAAAGCUUGUAUCAGAGAGCAGAGGAGCCAUCUGAGGGAGCAAUGGAGGAGCAGAGGUUUACAGGACAACUCACAGAAAAUGGAGCCUUUCUUGUUAAGUUCAGAGACACCAGAGAAGGUUGGGAGCAUGUUUGAAGCCAGGACAGAGGUCAGAGGAGAGCAUCAGGAGGUCAGGACAACCUCCAAACAGGAUUUAAGCAAAUGGGAGGCAGAGGAGAGGUGGACCUCUACCAUCCAACGCUGGGAGGCCAAGAGAGAGCUGGCUCACAUCACUGAAGGGUACAAGCCUGUGAGGACACAGCUGAAAACACAUUAACACUGAUAAUG